UUGGCUGCUGAGCUGCUGGGUGACUCUGACCAAUAGCCAGCGGGGAAACCUGUUCCCCCGGCCCGGGGACUAACACUCGUCGUAGACGCCCUGCGCUACUCGCCGCGAAGACAUGGUGCUCGACGGAUCGACGACCUAGUUUGAAAACACAGACAAUCGGAAUGCAAACGUCUGCGAAUCUAUCGGAGAAUAUGAGCAAGGAGGACUCGCAAUGCCAACCCGCUUCACUGAAGUUUACUAUCGAUAACAUCCUCAAUCUGAAGUCGAGUAGCAGAACGGCAGACAGUUGCCGUUCAAAGGCACUGCUUGCGCCAAUCUACCGAGAUGAAUGUCCUCACCAGCCCGGCAACUGUGAGGAUGUACCCGUUCGUGCCGAAGACACCAGGCUGCAGGGCACUGAUCAAAUGCACACCGACAGAGAUGCAACGUUCAGUCGUGUUGUGCGCGCGCAGGGCUCCCCGACGACCGUGGACGCACGCUGCGAGAGCGCGGACAGCUACGACGACGGCGGUGUCGCUGCACCAAGGAGCAGCCCCAAGAAGAGCAAAAUGACGGCGAAAAAGAAGACGCGCACGAUCUUUUCCAAGAGACAGAUCUUCCAACUGGAGUCUACGUUUGACAUGAAACGGUACCUAAGCAGCGCCGAACGCGCGUGCCUGGCGAACUCCUUGCAGCUCACCGAGACUCAGGUUAAAAUUUGGUUUCAGAACCGACGGAAUAAGUUAAAAAGACAGCUGUCCACGGAAAUGGAUGGACCAAAUGUCGAAUUGGGUGAUGGUGGAAAGACAGUGCAGCUUCCAUCUCUCUAUAAAGAGAACAGUUUAUUGGGGAGGUGCGUCCUACCCAUGCCUCUGCCUGUCCUGUAUCCUGGAGCUACUGCGCCUUACUUCUGCUUCUCAAAUACCGGCAAAUACUUCAGCCUCUUCGAAGGGGACAUCUGACUCAAAAUGCCACUCUGAAAAGUCAAUAUUUUCUGUCCUUAUGACAAGAUCUUCAAAAUGGACCAAACCCACGUCGGUUACAAGUAGCUGCUGUUUGUCUCCUUUUUCAGUCGUGUUUUUUUUUUUAAAUGUGCCGAGAUUUAAACGUCGGCGGGCGAGGAACUGGCUUGAAAUUCUAUGCAACGUUGAUGUUAUUUAUUAUAAAUAGCAACUAUUUUGAUACAGCCCAACUAUCGUUGUUUUAUACUUUUGUGGCAUCAGACUGAGCAGCAGCCAUACUUGAGUUCACGCGCCAAUGCCAAUCAUAUUUUCCUCACGUGACAAAAACAUACUACAAAUGUUUUUACUACUACUACUACUACUACUAUUAUUAUUAUUAUUAUUAUUAUUAUUAUUAUUAUUAUUAUUAUUAUUAUCUUCUCCAAAGAUUAAUUGUUGCAUGCAUUUCUAUAGACUAUUGAAUACAGGACUAAUUCCUGAAUUAAUGCAAUUAAACAUAUUUAAAUGAAUGUAAUUGUUAUUCUGUUUCAUUAAUCGCAUGUUUAUGUUUUUCAUCUUAAUUUCUUAGAGUAUA